AUGGUGACCGGCCCUCCUUCCGGGCCGGUCGUAGACACCGUGAUGAUUGAUAAUGAUGAAAAAUCUAGUGAUGAGGGAGCUUCUCUAUAUAGAAGACGACGAUCAUCAUCAUCUCAACAGGAUGCUCGACCUAUUAAGACAGUUACACGAAUCGAGGACGAUGCCUCGGCGCUUUGGGGAGAGUUUGAUUUGGUAGAUACUGCCAACUCCCAUUUUCGGGCCCCAAUUGUUUUUUCUGCAACUGCUACAUCAUCUCCACCGGUCGCACCUGACCACGAAGAAGGUGUUCCUAUUCCCCAGUACCCAGUUCAUGGGAAUUUGGGGCAAAAUUAUGUUGCCCCUUCUGAAGAUCCACAAAGGAGGAGGAAUGUUACUCUUUCGGUCUCUACUGGAUGCAACUUGCUAUCCCGACCGGUGGAGCUUGCUAAUUAUAUGAAACCUUUGGCUUCACUGAAAGAUUGGGAAAAGAUUCAGGCACUCUCGGGAGAGUGUUUGUUGAAUAAUGCCAUACACAAUGCCGCAGUGGCUAACUUUCUUGCUUCCGAGGGCCUUCAGAGGUUGAUUCGUAAGAAGGAGGAACUUACUUCCGUGUGGGUUAAGCUUUUGGUUGAACGGGACCAAGCCGUUAUUCGCCUCUCGGAAUUGGAAACCAGAGCAGCUGAGGCUGUCGUAUUGGAGACUCGUUUGCAGCAAAGCGAGCAAGAAGUGGUGGGAGGUCCAUCAUGGACAGUGAAACUUGGAAGAAGAGAUUCAACAAUUGCAAGUAAGACACUUGCUGAAACAGAUCUCCCCGGUCCUUUUGAUCCUCUUAAUAGGCUUAUUUCUAGCUUUGCAAGCAAGGGACUUAGCACAAGAGAUAUGGUCGCUUUGUCAGGGGCUCACACAAUAGGCCAAGCACAAUGUUUCCUAUUUCGUGAUCGGAUUUAUGGCAAUGGAACAGACAUUGAUGCUGGAUUUGCAAGUACUAGAAGACGUCAAUGUCCUCAAGAAGGAGAGAAUGGAAAUCUAGCACCUCUUGAUUUUGUUACACCAAAUCAAUUUGAUAACAACUACUUUAAAAAUCUCAUUCAAAAGAAAGGUCUUCUUCAAUCACAUCAAGUUCUUUUCAAUGGAGGAUCGACAGACAAUAUUGUUUCUGAAUAUAGUAACAGUGCUCGAGCUUUCUCGUCUGACUUUGCUGCUGCCAUGAUCAAAAUGGGAGAUAUUAGUCCCCUAACUGGUCAAAAUGGGAUCAUAAGAAAAGUUUGUGGCAGUGUCAAUUAG